AUGGCGGAGGAAAACUCCGACCGACUAUUAGCACUUAAACGCAUCGUUCGUGAAUCCGAAGCAUACGAGAUUGGAACGCAAUACCAUCGAAAUGUCCUUGGUAAGCUCUUGUCUGAGAUCAGUCGCUUACGUAGUGGACAACCAGUCUAUACCGAGGAAGAGGACCAGCUUCCUAUUGAUGCUAUCAAUACAAAUACCGGUGAUCACCAAUUCCCGUAA